AUGAGUUCAAAGCUGAAUUGGCCACGGACAAGACCACACUUUUCAUCACCUCCAGAUUACUUGAGUUUACGCCAAACAACACAUCUCAACAUGUCUCAGAGACAGGAUUAUAUCGCCAAGGUGAGGUAUCAGAAUGAUUUGCCUCCACCUCCGUGCCCUCCUAAGCUGCUUACUACAGCCAUAUCAGAUGAAGGAGACCUGAUAGACUCGCCGAAGCUUCUGACGUCUCUGUUUAGAAGGGAAAACUUUAAAAAUUUGAUUUCCAUAGAUUCCCUGAAGCUAGAUCCUUUCAAGAUUCCCGGGUUUGUUGAUCAAACCGAUGAAUCGACGAUUGGCAAGCUGCCUGGAUUCACCUCUGCCCAGCUGCAUCCGGACGAUCAGUUGUUGCUUAUUGACCCCUCAAUGAAGGGAGCUGUUUCCACAUCUACUGGUAAUGUGAGUUUCUUGAGAAGAACACAGUAUAUUGCGGCAGACAAGGGAGGUGCUCUUGGAGUCAAUAACUUGGCAUUGAACUUGAACAUGGAGAAGCUCAAGACGAAAGAAGAAAAGACGGAUCCCGAGUCUCAGCUCCGUGCUGUGGAGGAGACCUUCGAGCAUGCUACGGAUACGCUUGUUGAGGGCUCAGAGUUCGAGAACCUGAGACACCCAGUCAAAAAACAUCUCAAGGCCAAAAAGGUGUACACUUUCUUGCCAGACACAUCCAUGAUGGACCAGGUGUAUAUGCAUGUGAAGUUCAUAGGGUCCGCUUCUAUUGUGGAGGACAAGUCCAAGAUCCCACUGGAUGACCCCAGGGUGGUAACCAGUUUGUUCAAGCCAAUGAACGUGAAGGAUGUGGAAUGGGUGUCACUUUUCCAGACCGGCAAAGAGUCUGCUGAGUCCAUGAAGAGGAAGAUAGACGAGACAGCCACCAGUGGAGGUGACGAAGAACAGUACGAUUUCAAGCACAUGAGGGAUUACAACAUGGAUUACAUCGAGUAUCCCGAUAUCUUUGAGGAGUUGGCGAUAAACCUUGACGAGGAAAAGAAGACGGCAUAUUUCCUGCCCGUUUCUGGAAGGGUGGAUCUGAAGAGACGCAGAGUGGCUCCUUCUUUGGAGCAGUUCAUCAAGAAUGAAGAUUUCACAAACAUCAGCCUCACGCUAAGAGAGCCCGACACGGGAGAGGCCAUUGCACGUGACAACAAGAGAGUGGUAUACGAUCCUAUGGAGUAUGCUGAGAUGGAUGUGGAGGAGCUAGAGGAGAACCCGGACGAGACGCCGGACGUUGAGGAUGAGCAGUAA